CGAGUUCUCUUCUUUCGCCUCCCAGCCUUCCGAGUCAAGUAAGCUUCCUUUCUCUUCUUUGAAUUCUUCCCGGUUAUGUCUUCCUUAGGUAGCGAUAGGAUUUCGUCCUCAGAUGGCUCCUCAUCUGAGGGCUCUACCUCUUCUUCUUCGACCGGGUACUUUUCUUCUUAUUCCUUACCCGGUCAGGUUCCUAACUCUUCUGUCCCUGAGCCGCAGCCUGUUAAUCAGGUUCCCGUCCUACCGAGUGGGAUCGGCUGUGAAGGCUUUGUGUACUUCAAAGGUCGCGCCGGUAGGAAAUUCAUUUCCGACGUCCCCCAAAGUAACUGGGGAUGGAAGAAAAAGUUUGUUUUCAUUGAAUUCCCACCCUAUGUCACCCCAUUGGCCGGUUUGAAAUGGAACGAUCACCUUCUCAAUCACGAGUAUACCGUGUCGGCCUCCUCCCCUGAUCUCGAAGCGAGCCUGGAGAUCCUCCUCCAUGGGAAUCCUUUCACUGGGAGGAAGUUCCACUAUAGGAGCUGGGUUUGGAGGAUCCAACCGAGUGGUGAGGGUACCUCCCAAGCCCAUGAAGCAGCGGGGCACGGGGUACCCUCCCCGGGCAACACUGCAGAGGCUGAGGGCCAAAACCACCCAGACAUGGAGUUCGAGGAGUUCGACAUCCCCAACGAUCAGCCGGCAGGAGAGACCGAAGGCUCCCAAGCUGCCUCCGCCAAAACUUUCCCGGUCAACCAAGAGACCGUGGAAACUUUUGACGAGGAUAAACCCCAAGACAACCGGUCGAAGGGGAGGAGCCCUCCCAAGGGCAAGGAGAAGACCAGCUGGCGAACGAAGAAGGUGGCCACCACGCACUCUUCUUAUGCUAAGAAGAGGGCGAGGUCGGAUUCUGAGCCGGCUUCCAUGACAAUCGAAGAGGCCUUCAUUAAUCUCGGGAUGAGGCUGAGGGAGGCAGGGGAGAUUGGUCCCCAUACAGCUGAACAACUGGGGAUGGGCUCUCCAACCGAAAUGGCCCGGCUGAAGAAGGAGAAUGAGGAGAUGGCCCUCAUUCUUAAAAUCCAAACAGAUGAGCUGGUCAAGCUGUUAGGUAUGGCCGGUUCUAUGGGAGCUGAGAUCACCAGGCUAAAAGAGGAGAAUGGUCGGCUGAUGGACGAGGUCUCUGACGUGAAGCAAGAGAUGGCGAAGAAGGACGAGAACAUCCACGGGCUUGUAGCUGCUUGGGUGGAGGAAAAUAAAGCUGAAGCUGCCCGGGUGAUGACGGAAACUUUGGAGGCCGCCAUGGAAUCCUUCAGGUUUCUGUACCGGGAGCCUGAGGGAAGGAAAAUGAGUAUCGUCGUUGGAUCUUUUGGAUUCAAGAGUGGCCAAAAGAAGGACUGGAUUGCUUCCCACCGAAUCUUGCUGAAAAGAGACCAGGACUUCACUGUUGCUGCCUACGGCUUGGCCCCAAUUCCGGAGGAAGAGCCUACUCCCCCCUAGAGUGAUCUGCCCGGCUGCGCCCGAUUGUUUCAUUUUGUAAAACUUUAAUAACUCUAAAUUUUCCCGGGUAUGCCCGGUGUAUUUUGAAAACAUUUAACAUUCAACUUUUAUAGUUCAAAUGAAUGUUCGUUUUUCUA